AUGGAGUCACCGAAAAGAAUUGCUGAGGUAAACAUUACAGAGAUUGACAAUGUUGCCGAUAAGAGGCAGAGAACAGAAAAUACAGAUAUUGAUCCACAGAUGAAGGAGAUGUACGCUGGGAACGAAGGUAGUUUGAAUGAAGCGCAAACCGAUACUGGGUCCAUUGACCCACUUUUCACUGCGGGUAAUGGCAGUUCACAACCAGAAGAAAGACAAGAGGAGAGACAAGAGGAGAGACAAGAGCAGAGACAAGAGGAGAGACAAGAGCAAGAAGAAAAAGAAGAACAAGAGCUGACAGAGAAACCAGUGUCUGAGGAGCAGCCAGUGUCAGGGGAGCAGCAAGGGUCAGAACAAGUUCAGGAGCAGCAAGAUGUUAUCAAAGAGAAUCACAAUGUCAAUAUCCAGGAAAAGCCUAGUGAAGCCUCAACAUUCAUCGAUAAACAGGAACCAGAAACAGCACCCAUUGCUGUAAUGAGUGGGGGUGUGCUUACCGUUGAUAGUGACAAGAGUGUGCAAGACCAAACUGGGAGUCAAGCAUCGGCUUCAGUUGUAAACACAAAGGGCCAGCCGAUGGUAAUAAUGAAUUCCAAAACCGUGAGCAUCAAAGACCCCAACACCAUUUCCAAAAUCAAGAAACUGAACCACAAAGAGGUGGAGAGACGUAGGAGGGAAACAAUUAACAACGCCAUUAGAGAGCUUCAAGCAAUUGUCCCUACUACACAUACUAAUAAAUCACAAAUCAUUAGGAAAGCUGUUGAACAUAUCAAGAAACUAAAAGAAAGGGAAGAAACUAUGAGAAACAAAUGGACAUUGGAGAAGAUCAUCACCGACCAAGCCAUCAAUGAACUGGCCAAUUCUAAUGAAAAGCUAAAAUCAGAAUUGGAGAAGGCUUAUAGGGAGAACGAGCUCCGUAAGAAUGUGAUAGUCAGGAUGAUCAGUCUACUUUGCAAGCAAACAAAUUCUGAUGAUGUUAACAAUUACUUAGCGGAAUUGUCAUCAAUGAUGGUAGACGAUGAAGAAGAAGAAGAAGAAGCGGGAGAAGGCCAGAGGGCCCAAGCUGAAGUAGUGGCAGCCAAGACUGGUGAAGAUGUUGUGAGAGAAGAUGGUAAUGAACAUACUACCAAUGAAGGAGAAGCAGAAGUAGAAGAAACAGGGAAAGAAGAACCUACAAAAGAAACCAGGGAGACCAACACCAAUUAA